AUGGUUAUUCCACGAGCCGGCGUCCUCCUCGCCAUUAUCGCCUCCGUGGCCCCAUCGGUUCUGGCAUUGGAGAUUCCGAGUAAUGUCAAGGACUUCUACGACCAUGUCCGCAAUCGAGGCGAAUGCCGCCACGAGCUGAAGGGCGGUUUUCACAGCAUGGAAGGCGACAGUGGAGACUUUGGCUAUUGCGGCGAUUAUUUGGACGAUUACAAGAUCAUGUACAUCCAGGGCAAGGAUGGCCAGCUGGCCAACAUGGACAUCGACUGCGAUGGCGCCCAGACUUCUGGCGAUGGCCGCUGCCAGUUUUCCACCGACACCCAGUCUCAGACGACGUUCAUGGACACCUUGGGCACAUAUGGCAAAGGCGACCUCAACUCUUACAUCCACCCGUAUGUCGUUUUCGGCAACAGUGGCACGAAGAGUGGAUGGCCGAACUUCGAUCCUCAAGAGCACGGCGUUGAACCCUUGAGUAUCAUGGCUGUCGUCUGCAACAACUCAAUGUACUACGGCAUUUGGGGCGAUACCAAUGGCGACGAUGGCCCCCAAGCUAUGGUUGGCGAGGCCUCCAUUUCCCUCGCAACUGCAUGCUUCGGCAACGGCGUCCAUGGCAAUCAGGGACAUGAUAUCAACGACGUCCUUUACAUCGCAUUCACCGGAAACGAUGCAGUCCCUGGUGCAACCGGCGCCAACUGGUCUGCUUCCAAUGCCGAUGAGUUUUCGAAGAGCAUCAACGCUCUAGUGUUCAUGGGAACUUCAUCCAACUGGGCGUUUGGUCGCCGAGUUCUGACCAUGACACACGAAGCUGUCACAGGCACCCCUCUGAGAAUUGACGAUCUUUUCUUUGACGCAAAGGUGUAUGAUCUCAAGUGGGACGGAAGCAGAACACCAUCAGGCCGCGACGACUUCAGUCCAUCCAACCUACCGACUCAGGAUUUCGCCAUUUACCUGAUCAACUCAUUCAAGUUCCGCUGCGGCCGUCUGUUCUACUUGUUCGAAGAAGAGAGCUUCAUGAAGCAAUUCGCAAUAUUCCAUGAGAGCGGAGCAAAACACCCUGAUUUAUCUCGUCUGUGGUAUGUUCAUUAUUUGAUCAUCCUAGCCUUUGGGAAAGCGUUCGUGGUGCAGACAUCAAGGUCUCAAACGCCUCCUGGAUUGGAGCUCUUCGUCCAAGCAAUGAAGUUGAUGCCAGACUUCACAUUCUUUCAUUGCGACUUUGUGGAAAAGGCUCAAGUUCUGUGUUCUGCAGCGCUGUACUUGCACUGCCUCAGUUGCCGUACAUCAGCGUAUCGUUAUAUAUCACAAGCCAUCAGCCUCGCCUUUGAAGGGGGGAUGUACACCGAGAUGCAGGGGCAGUACCUGGACGAUGCUUAUGUCCAGAGGUGUCGGAUGAUGUGGUGGACGAUUUACGUGCUCGAACGACAUUUCUCUACUCUUUUGGGGGUGCCACUGUUCAUUCAGGAUGAAAACAUAUGUACACCAUACCCUUCUCAAUCCGACCAAGGUCAAAGGGCAAGCGUGAUGCAAGUCCAGGUGAAAUUGGCGCAAAUCAUGGGCCAAAUUCAUAGAAGUGUGUAUGGAAUUGAUGGACAGCUCGACAGUCGCUAUCUUAGUGCUACCAAGUCUCUCCUGCAAAGUAUGGCUGGCGUGGCUGGUCAGCUGAAUGAUCUCUUUGAUAUCAAUUCAAGCGAAAACACGGCUGGCGUCUCACGAUGCAUUGUAUUGACGACCAGGCCACUACUCUUCAUAUUCUUGCAGUCUAGGCUAGGGCAAUCACAAGCGACACCAAUGCGCUGGGCUCAGUCUGAAAGCGUCAGGGGCCUUCUUCAGGUUUGCAUGGAGUCUUGUUGUCAAAUCAUCAAGAUCUUGUCUCGCCUCCUCAACCAAGGCUUGCUAGAGAACUUCUUGGCAUUUGAUCUUGAUGCAGCAUUCACAGCGACUAUUGCUAUUCUUAUGGGGGGCGCCAUUGAUCCAACAUUACUCCCGGACUAUCUUCAGCUGAUACAACGAGCUUACACUCUUUUCGACGAAAUGACCUCACAUGGAAAUAAAAUUGCUGGCAUGAUUGUAUCCGAACUCAAACAGCUUGAGGGGUACCUGAGCCAUCUGCAAGCGAACGGCCAAGAAAUAUUGCCGCUGCAAGACUACGACUCAGAUGUCAUGACACACAUCAACCCUAACGCCCCGGUGCCGGAUCCACAAGACCUAGGAAUUGGACUCACGGAUGACUUCGAAUUCGGUCUUCAUUUCGAACUAAGCACCGAGCAGUUGAUGCAGCUCGCAGACUCAUUGGAUAUUGAUAGUCUUAGCCGCCCAAUGUCGGCCUCCGGCUCACACUGA